AUGGAUAGCAAAAGUACAUGUGUGAGUAUAGGGAAGUUUCCCCUAGAUUAUACUGAGGAGCAAGUACUCACAAUAGCCCAGUCCGUGGGCCCCGUGCUUGAUGUCAAGUUGUUGUUCGAUGACAUGACGGGAAAAUCCAAAGGAUACGCCGUGGUCAACUAUGGCGAUGUUGAGACUGCUGGUUCAGCCGUGCGGAAUCUCAAUUACAUGACGUUACCCAACGGGCGGUUUCUCAAAUGCUCCAUGAUUAGCGAUUUCGAAAUGGCAGCCAAUGGCGGUGGCGGAGGAGAUGCAGCAUCAGCAGGAGCGGCCGCAGCAAUAAAACUACCGCCGCUCCCCUUGGGAGUUCAAAUCCACCCUAAUCAAAAUGCGUCUCAGGUCAUAUCGGGGUUGUUAUCUAAUAUUGACUCGAAUUCGGCGUUGCAGAUCAUGAAGGAGAUGAAGAGUAUGAGUAUAGAGAACCCUAAAGCGGCGCAACUCCUCCUAGAAAGAUUUCCUCAACUUGCGCUAGCCUUGGUUGAGUUGGGGAUGAUUUCAAACACCACAAAUCAAGAGUUGGUUGAGAUGGCCUUGAACAAACGAGUGCCCGAGUUGAAGCAGUUGAGUGUUGACCAUGUGGACUUGUUGAGGAAAGUUUAUGAUUUGACCGAGGAGCAGCUUGAAGAGUUGGACGAGAGUCAACAGGAGGUUGUAAAUAAAGUUAAGAAGGAGAUUGAAAAGGGUUCGUAUGGCGAAAUUCUUGAGAGUCAGAGCUAA